AUAAGUGCUAGGUAAGCGUAGCACUGUCUAUUCCGCUUUAAUCCUGCGCUAAGUGAAAAUGUUACGCCACAUAACGCUCGUUGCGCUAUUCACCAUCGCCAGCUUUAGUGGUCGCACUAGUGCCAACAACAACGCGUUGCUGAACAAUGGACGCAUUGUAGGUGGCUACAAUGCUGAUAUACGUCAAUUUCCGCAUCAGGUGUCACUGCGCUAUAAUAAAUCUCAUUUCUGUGGUGGCAGUAUCUACUUGCCCAACAUUAUUGUGACGGCCACGCAUUGUGUAUCUGAUGAGGACCCUAGUGGUAUAAGCAUAGUCGCUGGCGCCACAACACUUCUUGAGGGUGGCGUCGAAGUGCCGGUUGUGAAAAUUAUAAUCAACGAAAAAUAUAAUGCAAUUACCGAUUAUGAUGUGGCCAUUUUAGUAUUGGAGAGAAAUUUGACAUACAGCGAGUCCAUUCAACCCAUCGCAUUGGCCAAGGAGCGUCCACCGACAGGCACUGAGGUGACCGUCACCGGUUGGGGUACACUCGAAGAGGGCAGCACCUAUUUGAGUAAUCACUUGCAGCAAGUGCAGCUUAAUCUGGUGGACCAGACGAAAUGUCGCAGAACGUAUUUGUAUCUUGUGACAAGCCGUAUGCUGUGCGCUCAAGUGGAGGGUGGCGGUAAAGAUUCCUGCCAAGGUGAUUCGGGUGGUCCACUGAUUUUUGGUAAUAAAUUGUUGGGCAUUGUUUCAUGGGGUUCCGGCUGUGGGAGGAGAACCUACCCGGGUGUGUAUGCAUCGGUACCCGAUUUAGCUGACUGGAUCGAGGCGACGGCUAAUGAAAAUUCCAAUUCUGGCGGGGAAAUUGAGCGAUAUUCAUAUUUGUAAAUAUCCUACAAGCUGUCAAGUGUUCAUUUGAAUGUAAAAUGUUAAACAGUCUAUAAAUAUUGCAAAUUCAUGAAAGAAAGUAGAGUAUAA